CAUUUCAAUUGCAACCCCUGAGGAAAAUAAAAGCAACAGGAGCCAAGUUUUAAGCCCGAUGUGUGUGUAAUAUGUGUUUGUAUGUGUUCUCCACAGUUAUAAUUUAUUGGACUCCAAGAUCAACACUGUGUUGUCCAUGUGCCAAGACAUCAACCUCCUGAACCCUGUCCAUGGGAUUGUACAGAGUGUUGUGUAUCAUGAGGAGUCUCCUCCUCAGUACCAGCCUUCAUAUUUACAAAGCUUUGGCUUUAAUGGACUCUGGAGAUUUGCCGGACCUUUUUCUAAGCAAACACAGAUCCCAGACUAUGCUGAACUUAUCGUCAAGUUUCUGGAAGCAUUGAUUGACAGUUACCUGCCCACCGCUGAUGAAGAAAAAGGAGAAGAGCAACUCCGAACUCCCACAUCCCCAUAUCCUCCUAGCAGCCAAAGCCAGCUGAGUAUUACUGCCAACCUGAACCUGUCAAACUCCAUGACCUCACUGGCCACAUCGCAGCACUCACCAGACUCAGGUGCCUUGAUUUGCAAAGGAAAUUCAAAAUUGACUUUCAUUAGAGAACAUAACUUUGGACCACUCGGCAGCAGUCCAGUCCUUUUUGUGUUUAGCCCAUGUGAGAUGCUUCUGAUGAUGUCUCUUGGUCAAGAGUGGAUUGACAAAAGGAGUGCAACAGCUGAAACCCAUGUCUUGUGUACGUAUGUGCCCGGUGGCCCUUGGAUCUCUGACUCUAUCUGACUCCGGUCAUCCCUAUUGCUUGUACAC